UAGGGUCAACAAAUUCAGUGCCUUGUUUGUUGUCGAAGCACUUAAUAAAACAAUGCACACCGCUUGAUACGCUUUUAUGUGGCAAGAGGCGAGCGUAUCAGACGAAAUCAGACCCGUUGCUCCCCAAAUAAGUGCGCAAACACCCUUGAAAACGUGCGUAUUUGCAGCAGCGCCCACUUUGCCGUGCGCUCUGUGGAGGGAGCAGGGAAAGAGACUGGAUAAUAGUUCUGCACACUGUCAGCCCUGGCAGCUGCCAGCGUUGACAACCUCCUUCUGCCCCACACAGUAAAACUGAGGGGAGCUGUGAUUCAGCAAAUAAGAGCUUCUUUUUGAUGGCCCGUCCCAUUGCUCACUACCAUGAAGUGGGCCCGCGCCUCCAAGAACACGGAGUUGGCGUUUUCUUUUUUUUUUUUACAUUUAUGAAUCUUCUCCCGCAUCUCCCAUCGCCAAGUCUCUCUCUUUGUUUUAUGCUUUAAAAGCUAUCAAGUAGGUGCUGGCUGCGCGCAAUCGGCUCCGGCUUCGCGAGUGGAAACGGCGUUUUACCAUCGCCUAGGCAACAAGGCGCUCAGCUGCUUCUCCGUUCUUUGCGGCCGCUGGAAACCCCAGUUGCGCUUCUCCCUCGUCCGCUACAAUCUUCGGACACUGCGGUAUCCCUGAGACGCGGCGAAAGGUUAAUGCUAGGGGUAGAGGAACCCGUUGCUGUUCAAAAUGCCAGUGAGAAGGGGCCAUGUAGCGCCCCAGAACACAUACCUGGACACCAUCAUCAGGAAAUUCGAAGGGCAAAACCGCAAGUUCCUCAUCGCAAACGCCCAGAUGAAGAACUGCGCCAUCAUCUACUGCAACGAGGGCUUCUGCCAGAUGUUUGGCUUCUCUCGGGCAGAGAUCAUGCAGCAGCCCUGCACCUGCCAGUUCCUGGUGGGGCCCGGCACCAUGAAGAGCGCCCUGGCUCAGCUGGCACAGGCCCUGCUGGGCUCUGAGGAGAGGAAGGUGGAGAUCCUGUACUAUGCCAAGGAGGGCACGUGUCUUCCGUGCCUGGUGGACGUCGUCCCAGUGAAGAAUGAAGAGGGCGCUGUCAUUAUGUUCAUACUGAACUUCGAGGAGAUCCUGGGGACCUCAAAGAAGAAGGGUGGCCUGAGGCAGAGACUGGCGCAGAGCUGGAUCAGAGCAGGGCAGAGCCGGCGUCUCCGACUGAAGCUCCCAUCUCUGCGAACCAUCACGCUGCAUGGUCCCUCCAUCUCCAAGGACCAGUUUGAAGGCGUGGUGGUGGACUAUCUGCAUCCCAGCAGCGAGGAGCUGCCCCUGAAGGAAUUCCGCAUUCCCUCCAAGGAAAGCUGCACCCAGUCGGAGACGGAGGCCCUGAUUGAGCAGGACUGCCAGCCCCAGCCGCUGGGCCAUUCGUCCCCGAAGCGGGCCCCCGACAGGCUUGACCCCGAGGGGCCCUUCGCCGCCAGCAGCCUGCCCCGCAGCCGGUCGCGGGACAGCGUGCGCAGCCUGCGCCGGGCCUCCUCCCUGGACGACAUCGAGGGCAUGAGGGGCGAAUGGGGCGGCAAGGGCGGGGAGACACGCGCCAACAGCAACCUGAAACCCAACUUGUUGAACUCCACCUCAGACUCAGACUUGAUGCGCUACAGGACCAUUCACAAGAUCCCCCAGAUCACCCUGAAUUUUGGAGAUUUUGGAUCAGACAAGUUGCGUCCCCCUUCACCCACUGAGAUUGAGAUCAUUGCUCCAAGUAAACUGAAGGACCGCACUCAAAAUGUCACUGAAAAGGUCACCCAGGUCCUGUCCCUGGGCGCAGACGUCCUCCCGGAGUACAAGCUCCAGGCACCUCGCAUCCACAAGUGGACCAUUCUGCACUACAGCCCAUUCAAGGCUGUGUGGGACUGGCUCAUCCUUCUGCUGGUCAUCUACACGGCGGUCUUCACCCCCUACUCAGCCGCCUUCCUCCUCAACGAGCAAGAGGAGGAGCGCCGCCGGAGCUGCGGCUACAUCUGCAACCCCCUCAACGUGGUGGACCUCAUCGUGGACAUCAUGUUCAUCAUCGACAUCCUCAUCAACUUCCGCACCACCUACGUCAACCACAAUGACGAGGUGGUGAGCCACCCGGGCCGCAUAGCGGUGCACUACUUCAAGGGCUGGUUCCUCAUCGACAUCGUGGCCGCCAUCCCCUUCGACCUGCUCAUCUUCAGGUCCGGCUCCGACGAGACCACCACUCUGAUUGGCCUCCUGAAGACGGCCCGGCUGCUGCGAUUGGUGCGCGUGGCGCGGAAGCUGGACCGCUACUCAGAGUACGGCGCAGCGGUGCUGUUCCUGCUCAUGUGCACCUUCGCCCUCAUCGCCCACUGGCUGGCCUGCAUCUGGUAUGCCAUCGGCAACGUGGAGCGCCCUUACAUGGACAACAAGAUCGGCUGGCUGGACAACCUGGCCGAUCAGAUUGGGAAACACUACAACGACAGCGAUGUGAGGUCGGGCCCCACCAUCAAGGACAAGUAUGUGACAGCACUCUACUUCACCUUCAGCAGCCUGACCAGCGUGGGCUUUGGGAACGUCUCGCCCAACACCAACUCGGAGAAGAUCUUCUCUAUCUGCGUCAUGCUCAUUGGCUCCUUGAUGUAUGCUAGUAUUUUUGGGAACGUGUCGGCCAUCAUCCAGAGGCUGUACUCGGGCACAGCGCGCUACCACACCCAGAUGCUGCGGGUCAAAGAGUUCAUCCGUUUCCACCAGAUCCCCAGCGGCCUGCGCCAGCGCCUGGAGGAGUACUUCCAGCACGCCUGGUCCUACACCAAUGGCAUCGACAUGAAUGCAGUGUUGAAGGGCUUCCCAGAGUGCCUGCAGGCGGACAUCUGCCUCCACCUGAACCGCACCCUGCUGCAGAACUGCAAGGCCUUCCGCGGGGCCAGCAAGGGCUGCCUGCGUGCGCUGGCCAUGCGCUUCAAGACCACGCACGCCCCCCCGGGGGACACGCUGGUGCACUACGGCGACGUGCUCACCGCCCUCUACUUCAUCUCCAGGGGCUCCAUAGAGAUCUUGCGCGAAGACGUGGUGGUGGCCAUCCUGGGAAAGAACGACACCUUUGGGGAGCCGAUCAGCCUCUAUGCCCGCCCUGGCAAGUCCAACUCCGACGUGCGUGCUCUCACCUACUGCGAUCUGCAUAAGAUCCAGCGCGAGGACCUGCUGGAGGUGCUGGACAUGUACCCCGAUUUCUCCGACAAUUUCUGGAGCAACCUGGAGAUCACCUUCAACCUGAGAGAUGCAGAUCGAAUUGCCCACCCCCUGACCAGCGAAGACUCCGACUGCGGGUACCGCCGGCCCCGGCGCCGGAAAAACUCCCUGCACCAUCGGAACCGCCCGGAUGGGAUGGACAGGGAAGACCCCUACCCGAAUCAAGCCUGCCCUGCCAUGGGCAACCACCGGGGGGCGCCCAAGCGGCCUCACUGGAAUGAGUUGUGCAGCAGCCCCAGCUCCUGUUCCCAGUCCAGUGAGGAUGAGAUGAAAUCCAUGGCACACAGCAAGGGGGAGCUGUAUGCUCCUGGGAGCGACACACGUGACUAUCCCACUACUGUGGUCAACUUGCUGCCCCCCGCAGGCAACACAGCCAGUAUUGGGGGUCCGCUGGACCGAGGGCACUCUUACGCAGCGGCCACCCUCAACAUGCCCAGCCUGUACGGAUUCUGGCCGGACCGCCGGCCCAGCCAGUUCUCCGAGAGCCCCCACCACUCCUGCUCGGUGCGCGCCACCUUCCACCCCGCGCCUUGCGCCGAGGACCGGCCCAGCGAGCUGGAGUCCCGCCUGGAGCUCCUCCAGUCGCAGCUCAACAGAUUGGAGACCCGGAUGACGGCCGACAUCAACGUGAUCUUGCAGUUGCUUCAGAGACAGAUGGCACCGGUGCCCCCUGCCUACAGUGCCGUCUCGCCCAGCACCCAUCCACCCCCUGCCCUCUACAGCACUGGAGCGCAAGUCCUGCACAGCAUGGCACCCAUUGCCCCCGUGCAGAUCGAUAGCUUGACAUCACCGCUACAGAGCCCCGACUACCCCGACUUGGACAAGUUCAACCUCAAGUCCCGGGACUCCCUGUCCAGCGGGAUCCACCUGACAGUGGCCUCGGAUGAAACCAUGCCCAUCUACCCCGAGACGGAGCCAGCCGCCCCGCCCGGGCUGGGUCACCCCCGGCCCCUGGCGGCCAGCGGGACUCCUGGGCUCUCGGGGAGCCAGCGCUUCCCCUCCCUCCCGGAGCACCUGGAGAGCUCCUCGGGGCCUGGCGAGAUCCAGAGGCACGUCUCAGACCCUGCCCUGCCCGCCAGCUAGAACCCGCCUCCUCCACGCCCUUCUCCCCCCACUGGCCUUCCUCUCCACAUUGCCAUUGCAGAAGCCCUUUCGAACCCCCGCGGAGGUCCGGAUCGGCUCAGGGACAGCGGCGCGGGAAGCUGCCAGGGGACUUGGAUGGCACUGUGCUGCUGGAAGGUGGGUCCACCACCCUUAGGAGAAGCAAGGACAGCACUGUCGAGGGGGCAGCAAGCCCUGACUGCAGAAGCAAGAAGAGGCGAGGUUCUCACUGUAUUUCUCACUGCACUGUCUGAAUCUCCUCCCCUCUCGAUGCAUCGGAGUGGGGGAAAUUUUUGUUUUUCUGCCACGGUGGCGUUGUGUGCUCUUCACAAUGCCUUCUAGACAUACACGGACUCGAGCAGUCUCGAACCCACAGGCAGCAGGAUUGAGCAGUCCUUCCAGGAUCAUCCAGGAAGCUGUCUGGAUGACCAUCUCUGUCAAUGUGGCGUAGGCACCUUGCUGCCUAUUCCCUCUGUUGCUGAAAAGUUGCACGAAACAAUGCCAUGGAGUGAAUAAGCUAACGCAUAACCUGUCUGACACAAUGUGUGACUUACUAGGGGGAGCCGGGGAAGCUGAAAUUUAUAAAUUGCUCACAAGAGUUUCAUUUAUAAAACCCUAUUGGACACUUUUCAAACCAACAGACGUAAUUUAAAAGACAUUUCCUCCGUUUUUCCUUUUCCAUAUUUCCAUACCGUUCAAUGGUAAUAGCAUUAUGUUUUUCUAAUGGACUGAAUAAGCUUAUACGUUUCAGCAGCAAAGAGGUUGUAAUAGUGUUUAAUUCAUAUGGUUAGAAAGCUUCCUCCCAUUAUAAACAGGUAAUAUAAAUGGCAGAGUGAUAGCAAGGAAGAGGGAAGCAUUUCUCAAUAAUUCAGCAAUCUGUUAGCAGGUUUCUUUCUUUUACAUGAUGCCUGCUAAGUUACAAAAUGAAAACUUGAAAGCAUUUUAAAGAUGCAGUCUCCUGCAGCUCCCUGGGUAAUUAAUGAUCCCAUGAAUUGUGACUGUGUACACUGUUGUCAUUACCUCCUGUUUGUCUUGGGUUGUUGGUUGUGGUGCAGGUUUAAGCUAUCCUUUGUGCUUCUGAACUUAGUUUUGGAUCAUAUAUAACAAGCACACGAUCGCACUAACCCAGUCCCUGAUCCAGAACCUGGAGAGAGAGCCAGUUCAUCCAGGUUUCAGGGAGUCUUUAUUCAGCAGCUAUAGAUCAGGUUAAUUUUGACAAAUGAAAUAAAGAGGAAGCUAUUUGGUGUGAAAACUACAGGAUCCUGCUUUUCACAGGGGUGGCACUAAAAUGAUUUACAAAUUGUUGUACUGCCAGUCAUACCAAUGUCAAGAAAGAACCUCAUCAGUGUCCAGGAUUGAUAAAUUGCCAAUAGGAAUAAGAAUUCCUUUUGUCUUCAGCCUUAAUAUUUUAUGUUUAAACAGAGUUGCACAUGACUCGACCACUUUGCUCAUGAAGAAUAAGUCACCCGUCUCCUUCAUAUUUUGCAGUCUACAAAGUACUUUACCCACAAUGAUUGAGUCUUCUUUUCAGAUGUAUGGAAAUUAUAUAGCUGGAAAAAGUGAAGCAUAAAAAUGAUCAUGUUCCAGCGCUUGUUGUAUUGCAAAGGAGAAGAUGAAUUGCUAUUGUGGAUACAGUACUGACAGGACUAAAUGUUACCGGGAUCAUUGCUCUCAUAUGAACUCCACAAGGCUGUAUAAUAUAAUCAUGUACUGUUAGCAAAAGCACAGCAGACAAUUUGUUGUUGCUCUUCUAUUAAAUGUGUCAUGCUUCUAGAGUAAUCUUUCUGAAAAGGAAAUUAAUUCCAGAAAAGAGCAAGCCUACAUUGUUCUGGGGCACAAAUAACAGAUUUUUCAGAGACUGAUGUAAGAGCACAACACAGAAACUUGAAGAUGUCUAGCAGUAAUAGUAAAUACUGUUAAUUCUAUUUUGUAGACUAGAGCACCUUUUCACAGUGAGAGUCAUCUGAACACUCUUCACAAAGUCACUUUUAAUGUAGGGUACUGUACAAAUGCUGUAUAUUAGAAAGAAUAGAGAAUGUCUAUGAAAAACUAUGUUUAUAUAAAUAAAAACACAAAUCUCAUAA